AUGUUAACCAGUACUGGGGGUUUCCCUCCAUUUGUCCAGCUCGGAUAUGGCACAGGCACAGCUUGGUACAAGGAAAGCGAUUCUGGCCUCAACUCGGACCUGGUCGAGGCGACCAAGACUGCCGUCGGACUGGGAUUUCAUCAUCUCGACGGUGCCGAGGUCUAUUGCACCGAGCCCGAGCUGGGCAAGGCGAUUCAGGAUUGUGGCGUUGCACGGGAGAAGCUCUUCAUCACAACCAAGGUGAACCAGAAUGUGUCCGAUAUCCCGGCUGCAUUGAACGCCAGUCUGGAGAAGUUGGGGUUGGAAUAUGUUGAUCUCAUGGGCGGCCAUGGAACACGUCAAAGCGACCGGGAAGGCUCGUUCUAUCGGAGUAUCCAACUUCCUCCAGAGCCACCUGGAGACGAUUCUCGAGACGGCGGCACAGUAGUGCCCUCGGUCCACCAGAUUGAGUAUCACCCUUACCUGCAGCAUGGAAACCUCGUCUCUUGGCAGCAAAGCAAGGGUAUCGCGACAGUGAGCUAUUCGGGGCUCACCCCCGUCACUCGGGCGGCGGGUGGUCCUCUGGACCAGUUGUUGCCCGGUUUCGCGAAGAAGUAUGGAGUCACCCCCGGAGAGAUCCUCUUGCGCUGGUGCCUAGACCAGGGAGUGAUCUCAAUCACCACGAGCAGUAAAGAAACUCGGCUGGCGAGUUAUCUGCGGGUGUUGACGUUCAAGUUGACUCCCCAGGAGAUUGAGGAGAUCUCGGCGGUCGGGAAGACUCAUCAUCACCGGGCAUUCUGGAAGGAUAAAUUUGCAGAGGACGAUCGAUCGUGA